GGGGGUGUUUCCCACGUUUACACUCAUGUGACGCUUCGGUGCACACAUCCUGUCAUGCAAUCUGAUUUCGCUGCUCGAUAACUGGCAACUAAUUUCUUUUUUCUCUUGUCCCUUUGCGCUGGAGUCCAUCAACGGCCUGAGGUUUGGAGCAGAGAGAAAGGGCGAGAGCGAGGAGAGAUUCCCAUACAAACAGCAACGGAGGAGGUGUUCCUGUCCGCCUUUCUUUGUGUGUGUGUGUGUAUGCGUGUCUGCACGCGCUCAUAAAAAAGGACAAGUAAGACGGCUAUACUCUUUCCUCACGAUUGAGAAGAGAGAGGACCAGAAGAGGACAACAAGUGAGCGUCUUUUCUCUUCUCUCCGCGCAGUGUGUUUGCGCUGUGGCUCCUACCCGCGGAAAAAGAGAUUGGGGAGGCGACGUGGACCCGUACGAACGUACCGCGUGUGGUGCGUGCAGUGGCGGCUCUCGUGCCUGCCCAACGCGCGCUUUGCCUUGGCGUGAAAGUCACUUUCAUCACCUUUGUUUACUUUAUUUGCUGUUUUUUUUUAGAAAAUCUGAGCACAGUCAGAAAAGUCUGCGGCGGCGAGACACAAAAUGAGUCUCAACUCGCAAGGCAGCGCGCCGUGGAAGUUUCGCGGGGAUGCCACGGCCUCCGUCGGCGCCAUCACCGCCGUGGAGUUCGACCCCGAUGUGGAGCUGCUGUGGGUGUGCGACGCCUUCGGCACGCUGAUGAGCUUUUCACUGCAGUCACAGGUCCAGGGCGAGGCCCCAGGCUGGGUAAACUACUCCUCUUUCUCCGUGUCCAACCGGCCGGCGUCAAGCAUCUUCUUCCUGAAUAUGGGGGGCGAGCGGAUGGUGACCGUGGCCGAUCGCGAAGUAAUUCGCGGCUACAAGCGCGGGGGCAUCUUGAUGAUGUGUCUGCCUCAGCCCACCGCGGCGCAGAACUACAUCGACCUCUUCCAGGCGAACAACAACACCGGCGUCAUGUUCUUUACCGGCAAUGCGGGUCUGACACGUCUGGAGCUGAAUGAUCAGGAGACGGAUCAGCUCACGGUAGCGAUGGAGGAGCUGUCGGUGGUGGCGUUGAAGCAGUGCGAUCAAUGGGUGGCGACGGGUAGCGCCUCGGGCUCGGUGGUGGUGCGCAGCGCGUCGGACCUGGCCACCAUUGGUCAAGUGGCCCCGUCCCGCAACCGCGUCUUGGCACUCGAAGUGUUCGACAACACCGUCAUGGCCGCCUACUCGGAGCGCUCGGCCACGUCCUUUGUAAAGGUGUUUGAUGUGCGCAAGAUGUCGGAGGCGGUCGCCACCAUUCAGGACAUCCCAUCCGGCAACGUCACGCAGAUGCGGCGCUACCAGGACGGCUUCGGCCUCUCCAGCGACCGGGCGUUCCUGCUGUCCCCACAGGGCUUCCACAUUAUCCAGCUCGAUCAGGAGAAGCCCGUCUUUUCGUCUGCCCCACUCAGCGAGGGCGCCUGCACGGCGGUGGCCGUCUCGCCGUCGAACAUGUGCGCCGCGAUCGGCAACGACAAGGGCUCCUUCUACGCCCUUGCCCACCCGGCCACGCGGGACGACUACGUCAUGUCGACCUUUGUGCAGCCCGUCCGGCCGAAGCACCCCGUGUACCACCGCAGCUGGGAGGAACCGAACAUCGCCGACGGCUUUGAUGACUCCGCCGAGCCCGGCGCGUUGGCCUCGAACUGGCCGGAGGAGGACUACAUGAUCCUGACGGUCCCGCAGAAGCUGCGCUGCGUGAACUACGAGUCCCACAGCCUGGUGCCCAAUGAGUGGGGCCUAGUCCGCGCGGACAGCUAUCUGCCCGACCCCAAGGACAAACUCAGCGCCAUCCUGCCGAACCCGUACCCCUUUAACAACCAGCUCGGUGAUGACCCGGCGAAUGCGCAGGAGCUGCUGCUGGAGUUGCGCAAGGACAUGAAGCGCAAGCACAAGUCCUCGCGGGUCGGCGGCGGCGGCGAGUACAGCCCGAUGGAAGACUCUCUGCAGGUCUGCUACAGCGUGCAGCACAAACUGGAUUGGCGCAGCUACAACGAAAUCGCGCAGCGUGUGAUUGGCAUCGACAACAGCUUUCCCGAGUGCUGGAUCACACCGCUCCUGCAGUCCCUGUAUCUCUGCCAGCCGCCCGAGUUCCCAAUUCGCAAGGUGAUUCUACGACACAUCUGCAAGCGGGAGUUCUGCAUGACGUGCGAGAUCGCCUUCAUCUUUUCGAACAUGCUCACCAUCUCCGCGAGCGUCAUGGGGAUGAAGGGAGAGGCGCUGCCGCCCAUUGCGCAGGUGGCACACCUUAUUCGCACUAUGCGGCAGAUCCGCGCCUUCACCAACGCGGAGGUCUUCCAGCGCCCGAAGAACCGCGACGACGCCGUGGCAAAGAUGCACCUGGCACAGCGCCUGGUGCUGGAGACGCUGCACAAGGACUUGCAGGACCAAAAGGCCUACCCCUUCAUGAACUAUGAGGCACCACCCGAGUACGAGAGCGCCAUCGCCGCGCUGUUCGGCACCGAGUUCACGUCCAACGGCCGCGUGCAUAUCGAGCCGCGCUUCUACUGGGAGGUGCCAGGAUCAGCCUUGAAGGUGGACGAAGGACUGCAGCACUUGCUGAAGCAGCUGGAGGGCUACAAGGACCAGGUCCAAAUCAAACGUCUGCCGCCCAUCAUUGUCCUUCUGCUGAACCCCGAGCACAGCAACCUGAAGCCGCCCACCAGCCUGAAGAUCUCCCGCGCCGGGAAGGAAGAUUACAACUACGUUCUCAACAGCAACAUUGUCCACCUCGCCGACGACGUCGAGGACACCGGCAACUUCGUGAGUCAGCAGCGCAUUAAAGACGACAGCUUCUCGCUUGUAAACGACUACCGUGUGACGGCGCCGAUGAAGAUGCAGGAUCUGGAGCGACUGGUUCCGGCCCUGCGCUCCUACUCCGCCGUGGUGACCUUCUACGCACUGGACAACCUCACCACGCCUCUUUACGCGCGCCUCGACGACUCCCGCGCGCCGAACCUGUGGCACCUGUUGGGCCCACUGCUGACGAACGACGUGCUCUCACGGCCGCUGCUGCGCGACCCGAGUAAGCAGGCCUUCAAGUCUCCCCUGAACUCGUACACGGAAAUAAAAGCCGGUGACCUGAUCGCCAUCGACGCCGAGUACGUCGUGCUGCGCUGGGCGAGCCGGGACGAGGGCAACGAAAUCUUCUACGUCUCGCAGCGCAAGCCGCACAUGGGACUGGCGCGCGUGAGCUGCAUCCUGAGCAGCGAGGACGGCGACGAGCGCACCAUCGUGGACGACUACGUGCACAUUCCUGAAGAAAUCGAUGACUACGUAACGCAGUACAGCGGCAUCCACCCUGGCGACCUCGACCCGCUGGAGUCUGCGAAGAGUCUGACUUCGCUCAAGUCAACGUAUCUGAAGCUACGUGCGUUGGUGGACGGCGGCGUUGUCUUUGUCGGUCACGGACUCGCCCAGGACUUCCGCGUGUGCAACAUUGCUGUGCCGCGCAAGCAGAUCAUCGACACUCUGGAGAUCUUCCACAAGCCCGGCUCUCGCUACCUCUCUUUACGCUUUCUCGCCUACCACGUACUUGGUGAGAGCGUGCAGGAGGACGAGCAUGACUCCAUCGAGGACGCCCGCACCUCGCUGCGGCUCUACCGCAAGUAUGAGCAGCUGAAGAGCGAGGGAACCUUUGAGAGCGUGCUGGACCAUCUGAUGGCGAAGGGCGCUGAGACGAGUUGGUACGUGCCGGACACGAAGUCGCUCUUCCGCGACACCCCGCAGACGCCGCCGGUGUCCGUGAUGGGUUCGCCCGUGUUUGAGAAGGUGGCGAAGGCGGCCGCGGCGGAGACCGGGGCGGGAACAGAGGACGAGUCGAAGACCGAGGACGAGGACUACGAUAUGUGCGGGCACGACGGUGAGGGCGGUGAAGACGCAAUUGACGAAGACAUGGCGAAUGCCCCGACGGCGGGCGACGUGCUAGAGGCGGUGCGUCUUUCAAUGAAGAAGGAGGACGACGCGUAG